AUGAAAUCGUACGGUACCGGUCCCGACACAAUAAGACCAGAACACCUGAAGAGCCUUCCGCCAGUACUCAUCAACACCCUGGCGAGGCUCUUUACACGUUACCUGUUGGAAUGCAAGGUUCCUAAACAGUGGAAGACCAGCAAGACCGUGUUGUUGUAUAAAAAGGGAGAUCCACAUGACAUCGGCAACUAUCGCCCAAUCUGCUUGCUGUCCGUCUUCUACAAGCUCUUUACAAGAGUGAUCCUUAAUAGAAUUGAAAAAGUCUUGGAUGGUGGACAGCCAUGCGAGCAAGCAGGGUUUCGAAAAGGAUUCAGCACGAUUGAACACAUUCACACUGUUUCGAAACUCAUCGAGAUAUCACGAGAGUACAAGAUGCCGCUCUGUCUCACCUUCAUCGACUUGAAAAAGGCCUUCGACGCAGUUGAGAUGGAAGCGGUCGUGGAAGCCUUGGACAACCAAGGCGUCUCUACUCAGUACAUAAAGGUACUUCGAGAGUUGCACAGUAACUUUACGACCGGAAUUUCGCCAUUCUACAAGAACAUCAUCAUUGACGUGAAGAGGGAGGUCCGACAGGGUGUUACAAUUUCACCCAAAAUAUUCACAGCCACCUUCGAGAACGCAAUUCGAAAGUUGGAAUGGAACGACAUGGGAGUGAAGGUUGAUGGUCGGCAGCUACACCAUUUGCGCUUUGCUGAUGACAUCGUACUGAUAACACCUAGCGUCAGCCAAGCGGAACGAAUGCUGACCGAAUUCGACGAAACAUGUGGAUGCAUCGGUCUUCAGCUGAAUCUACAAAAGACGAUGUUCAUGCGGAACGGAUGGGUGUCGGAUGCCCCAUUCACGCUCAAUGGAACGAACAUAUCCGAUCGAACAUAUCCGAAUGCAUCAGCUACGUUUAUCUGGGUCAGGAACUGA